AUGAUAACUAUUCAAAACAUCCACAACGCCUUCUUCCCAAUAGUAUCCAUGAAAGCAGCAGUUUAUUCAGGAAAUAAGCAAUCUCCCACAGAAAUCAAAGAGUCCCUCCCUACUCCCACUAUAUCGGCUGAUGAAAUAUUGAUCAAGUCUAAAGCAUUUGCGAUCAAUCCAACUGAUUGGAAAUCAAUUGAUAGAGGUACAUGUUCACAAGGUGAUAUAUUGGGAUGUGAUGUUAGUGGGAUUGUUGUUGAAGUGGGUAAAAACGUGCCUCAUUUCGCAAAGGGAGAUUUUGUUGGUGCUUUUGUUGUUGGUAAUUCAUCACUGAGUAAUGGAGCAUUUGCUGAGUAUGUAGUUGUCAAUCCAUUUGGUUGUGUUAAGUAUAAACUGUUGAGUGAUGAGGUGGUGGAAAACUCCAGCCCAAUUACCACCUUCCUUGGUGCUGCAAGUGUGACUUUGGGGUUAGUUACCGUUGGUGAUUCCUUUUCUUAUCAGUUGAGAAUUGGUGAGAGAUAUAGUGAAGGUGAUUACAUUUUGAUUUGGGGUGGAGCCACUGCAACAGGACUCUUGGCCAUUCAAUUAGCUAAAUCAAUCUAUGGAUUGAAUGUCAUCACUACAGCCUCAUCAAAGAAUCAUGAUUGUCUCAAAUCUUUGGGAGCAGACUAUGUCUUGGAUUAUCAUGAUGUCGAUGUCGUUUCCAAAAUUAGGGAAAUCGGUAAAGGAAUGUUGAAAUUUGCAUUGGAUACGGUUGCAAAUGCAUCAACAUUCCAACAGGUAUACGAUGCAACGAGUCAAGUAUCAGGUGACGUGUACCUUGACUCAUUAUUGUUUCUUGAUGACAAAACCAUCAAGUUGCAUGAAAAAAGAGACAACACCAAAAUACACUUUGGCAAGACAUUGGCUUACUUGGCAAUUACAGAGUCAAAGAAAUAUGGAGGUGGUACAAUGAGACGUCCUGAUGACAUGUUGAAGUAUUAUGAACCUUGGUGGUUUGAUGUAUUGCCAAAGCAUAUAAACAUGAUCAAGCAUGCUAAUUUAAAAGCAUUGUCAGAUGGGUUGAAUAGUGUUGAUGAAGGGUUUAAAUUGUCAAAGGAAGGCAAAGUGUCUGGUGAGAAGAUAGUAUUUAGUAUCUAA